AUGUCAGCAAACCCGGACCCAAUCCAAGAGUUUAAUGCAGCGAUGUCAGUUUCCAGCGUGGACAUUGCAAGCAGAAAGAUUCACGUUCUGUCAUCCCUCUGGAGGACUCUAGAGAGGUACAUUAAACAUUCCACGGGAGGCAGCGAUACUCCUAGCCCCCUUGGCGAAGUGAAGCAUGGGCAAGGGGCGUCAUCGGAUCAUGAGGAAGCCGACUCUCCGCGCCAUUAUCCCCCUGCAGUGGAUCCGCAGAACGGCGUAGACGACGUUCCCUCCCCUCGUUUUAUUGAAGAUACCACUUUUUCGGGCCGGAGCCGCGCCGAUGAUGGCAGGUUCGUGGGUACCGCCGUGAGUCCCAUCGGGGCGGCAUCUUCGAUAGAGGAUGUCGAGACCGAGGACGAUCAUCCCCGGGGGCAGCCUCUCAUGCUAAAACGUCGAGUCACGGAUAGCUAUCCAUCUCACAUGGGAGAACGGCAAAACUUGCCUGUUAUCGUCGAAGGCCUGACGGGGCGCCGCAUGUUCCAAUCUAGUGACCACGGCUGGUCAGCGGUGAAUUUAAGCGAAGGUCUGCCUUCCAGCGCGGCGCUAGGCAGUAUGACCCUGACUGCUCUAAUUUCAAGGAACAACCUAUGGUGGGCAGGUAUCAUUUGUUCUGGCGUAGCCGCGUUGCUGGGGGCGUUAGGAGACUGCGUCCUCCGCUACUCCUUCGUGAUGGAGAGGGAAGGAAGGAAGGCCACAGGGAUGUCAAGAAAUGGCAGGGGUCGCCCUUUCCAUCUGAGACCUCUCUGGAUUCUAGGAAUGUUUUUGAGCGCCGUUCUGAAUCCUUUCCUCACGCUCGUUUCCUACCGGUUCACAGCAGUGUCCGUCGUGGCGCUGUUCGGUGGGCUUCACACUGUCGGGUCUCUUGUCUUUGCGUACUUCCUGUUUUCGGAGAGACUAGGAUGGCGCGACGUCAUUGGUGGACUGAUGAUUGUCGGCGGCAUAACGAUUGUGGUUAUCUUCGGCCAUAACGCCGACGACACCCAGCAAUUUAUAGUAAACGGAGUCGCAUUUGUCAUUUUCUCUAGCGUUGCCGGUGCCGCAAUUGCUAUCACGGUCAUCGUUUCGCAGAAGCUUAUCUGUUCGGCAAAGCUUCACCCCGCUGCAAUAUCCGUAUGUACCGCUUUACUCCCCGGUCUGUUCGGCGCUAUUUCGAAUAUCUGUGGCAAGGGAGCAGUUGUUCUAUGGACGGACGCGUUCCAGACUCCAGAGUUAUGGUCUCUUCCAUACACGUGGAUCUUUGCUGCUUUUGCGGUACUCGCCGCCUUGGGACAAGCUGUAUUUUUAUCAAUUAGCUUGUCGACAUACCCUGCUUCUUUCGUCUCGCCGGUGUACAACGGCGUUCUUGCCUGCCUAAACAGUCUCGGCGGCAUCUGGGUGUUCUCGGAGUACACCAACUCUUUGGUGUUGUACCUUCUGGGAGUAAUGAGCACCUGCACGGGUAUAUGGAUCGCCUCCUACGGCCAGGAAACGAAGCGCACGACCUUCGUGCCUCUUGUCAUGGAUCAUGAGGAGCCAUCGAUGCACGACGACGAAAGCGCUCAACUGGCCCCGGACGAGAUGGAAUAUUGA